GUUGAAUUAUUGAGAUGCAUUGAUUCUAUACUAUGUGGUGUCAUGGGAAGCUAUGUUUUUCACUGUGUUGGAGAAAGGGUACAGCAGACAUUGAGUGAGCCCUAUAAGUUUGGUACUAUGAAAGAACCAAAGGGCAAAAUCCAAUAGAAGCUUUAGGGUACGUACGUGCAUAAUAAUACCCCAACGGGACCUUAAAUAAGUGAUGGACAAAUGAAAAGAGGAUCCCCUCUACAAGUUUUUAUGAUCAAUAAUCAAAAUAUCAGAGAGAUACCGUAACAACCGGCUUACUCCUAGAAUAUAUUGUACUCAAACGAUUUGUUGUUGGGUGUAUAUUUGUUGUACCUGAAAAUCAUAAUUGUUUAUUGCUAUUUUUACUACUUAGCGAAUAGAGCAUUUAGAUUUAUCCAUUAGAGGUUAUGAUAUAAUAUUAUUACGGGUAAAUAUAUUAUUACCCAAAACCGGUUUAAUUCAUGGUCUAGACAGAGAUGUCCCACUAGAAGUACUCGGAAUAUCGUCUAUAUAUAUAUCAGUAUUGAUGAAUUUGUAUUGAUGAAUUUGGAGUUCCGCUACUAUGCUCAUAAAUAUCAGUAUUGAUGAAUUUGUAUUCAAGAUUUCUAUAGAAAAAGAAAAGAACUUUCCAAACAUGUCAAUUAGAGUUUAUAGAUGAUAUUUAUCAAAAGAGAAAUGUGUAUUCCCUAGAAACUGACAUAUGUAGUUAGUGCAUUUUACAAAAAAAGAGAAAAACCAGCAUUGAUCCUAACAUAUAUAUGCAGAUACUCAUAUGAUGAUAAGAGAACAACAAAAGGGUAAACCCACAAAAGCGAUGGUUGCCCACUUGGCUGCAAAACGGUUGGCCGCGUCAAAAAAUAUAAGGCCUGCAAUUGUGCAAUUGCAAUCUCUAUAGAAUAAUAGGUCACAAUCGACGACAAAGAAAUUGACUGAUGAUGAUACCAAAAAUUUGUGCAUGUCAGCCAUUAGACACUAAACCCUAAUGUCUAUUCGCUGAUGGAAUAUGGAUUCUACCUAUCAUAAUAGGAUUGAUGGCAACGAAACUAAAUGGUAAUGAUAUAAGAUUGAUUAAUUCUCGUGUAUUCCAUUCAAACUAUAUCGAUAUUCUUCCACUUUAUGGGAGUCUUCGAUUGAGAGUUUUCACAUAUUCAAAACCUAAUAAGUCCCUGUAUUAUUAUGAAUUAACUUACCUACAAGUGAUGUUGGAUAUGUACAACUUUUGAGUUUACGAGUUGAGUUUCAUACGAGAUCGCAGUACUAUUUAUGAUCUGGUCAAAGUAAUCAGAGUAGAUAAGAUAAAAAAUGAUAAAAAGCGAUAAAUGGAGGUCUGGAAGAGAUGGAAACCAGAUUCAAACGGAGCCGGACAUGCAAACGAAUAAAGAUGAUGGGCUCAUACGGUACCCUAAUGAUAGAUAUGUACAAAUUUUAAGCUUAUUACGAGCUUACUUUCAUUUGAGAUCGCGACAACAUCUGAUGCUAUAAACCAAACGAGUCUCAUUAACUCGAGUUGUUGGGACAGGUACAUAUACGAUACUUAACCACUUUUCGACAUUCCAAUUUCCACAUGUUCAAAGUAAUUUGGGGGAAGAAAAGGAAGAGAGAGAAGUGGAGGAGGGAGAGUGGAACUAGAUUCGAAGGGAGCUAGACAUGCAAAUGGAUAGAGAGGGUCGGCUCGAACCCUAUCAUUGGCGUCUCACAAGUGGUAAAUUGAUAUAUAUUGGUGACAGACAGCCAAACAUCAUUUUAGUGCUUUCUUUUUUGUUGUUUUGGCAUUUUGUCGCUCUCUUUUCUUUCACCAAAAUGCAUAGGAAUUGUCCUUCCUUCUUCAGGACCCCCACCUCCCAGUGAAAAUGACUCUUCCCUGCUAUGAAGCCCCGUGGGAAGAAAAAAAAAAAGCCAGUGAUGAUGAAUAGCAUUCCAGGUGUGGAGAGCGAUGGAGCACUUCAUAGCCCAUUUAUUUGCAUUUAUAUGUGGGAAUGAUAAUAUGCAUCACGUCCUGAAUUCAAAUGUUUGGAGUAAAAAAUCAUCAUCAUGAUAAAAUGCAUAUUCAGGAUAACUAAUUACUAAUCCAGUUAAGACUUCAGCGGAUUCCUACCUGAAUGUAAAUUCACCGUCCAAAUAGGAAAGUGGAUUAAUUUGGUCGUAUUAUCAUAUCAUGUUGUAUGCUUCUUAGAUAGAACACAAAGUGUGUCAAGAACCAGUGGAUCCCAAUAACUCGAGUUGUUGGGAGAGGUUCAAUCGUGGAUCAUAUACCACAACACUAACACACGCGUCCCCUCAAACGAAAACCACUCACAAGGGCGCUUGAAGUUUUGCACGGGUGCUGAAGACUAAGAAUACCACGUGCUUAACAAAUGGGGGGUCACCGGGAAUCGAACACAAGACCUCUCGGUCACAGAAGGCUGUGGUACCAUGUCGAGAACCAGUUGCUCUCAAUAACUCGAGUCGUUGAGAGAGAUUCAAUCGUGGAUCAUACAUAUCAGCAGUAAUACCACAACACUGACAUACGCCCCGCCUCAAACGAAAGUCAUUCAUAAGGACGUGAAAUUUGCACAUGUCUGAAGAUAAGAAUACCAUGUGCUUAACAAAUGUGCCCUACGAAAGGCUACAACUACUACGUACGUACCGAGUCCCCCAUGUACGUAUUAAACUACGUACACUCACUUCAUUAGUAUUAAGAAAAAAACAACAACAAUACACCAUAUCUCCUUUUGUCUUUUCUUUUUCACUCCAUCUAUCUAGCUAAUAGUUAUAGCUCCUUUCGUCUGUGGUCCUUCCCUCGAUGCACUAUUUAGCAGCCAAGCCUCUCCCUCCCCACGCGUCUCAUUUUUUUGUUUCUUCCAUAUAGCCCUUUUGGCCUUUUGCUCUGUGUCCUCUUUUUCACCCUUUAUGGCGAGGGCACUGGAGGCUGCCGGGAAGAGGAGCCUGAAAGAGAUAGAGGACGAAGACGACGACGACCUGUCGGCGGCGGCCGACGAAGCACAGCUCCUGGGUCAGUUCGGGGUCGACGUUGUGGUGGACAAGAAGAUGAAGAAGGGCAAGAAAGUUGGAGCCGCGAGUAGUUCCUCCGCCGCCGCCGGCGGCGGAGGAGGAGGUGGGUCAUUAAUGUCGCCGGCGGUUAGCUGCCAGGCGGAGAACUGCAGCUCCGACAUGGCCGGGGCGAGGAGGUAUCACCGGAGGCAUAAGGUGUGCGAGGUCCACGCUAGGGCUCCCGUCGUGCUUGUUGCUGGAACCCAUCAGCGCUUCUGCCAGCAAUGCAGCAGGUUCCACGAGUUGUCGGAGUUCGACGACACCAAAAAGAGCUGCAGGAGGCGUCUGGCCGGCCACAACGAACGCCGCCGGAAAAGCUCGACUGAAGGGUACAAUUGAGCUCAAUCCCCAGUUCCCACCACCACCACCACCACCAUCUAUGCAUUAGUAUGCCCUACCUAAUCUGCCUGAAAUUGGCCAGUAAUAAGUUGCUCUCUCUCUUCUGUCAAGUCACCUACAAUCCUUAGUCCCUAAUCUGCAUUUGGGAAUUUGUAUCUAAUAAUGUAUGCAAGCUUGUUUUCACAAUGUAAUUAGUGGCAUUCCAAUGCCUUAUUCCAAACCCAGACGACUGUUUUGCAGUUAGAAUCUGGGAACUGAGUGAUAUCUAUCUCCUGUACCUUUUCCUGCAAAAUACUGAAGCCGAAAGACCAUAAAUAAUGCACUAGUUUAGGCAAUUAAGUGGCGAAGAGCAGAACUUGCAGGCUUAAAGAAUGCAGCAUGUAGUUAAUCAAUGGGUCUAAGAACC